AUGGGAAAUUGUUGCAGAUCUCCGGCUGCCGUUGCCAGAGAAGACGUAAAGUCAUCAAACUUUUCCGGACACGGUGACGCUCGAAAAGACAAGGCUGCCGGUGCCGGCGCUGGGAAAAAGGCGAUCACUGUGUUAAACGAUGUAUCGGGGAAAAAUAUUGAGGAAAAGUAUGUGGUUGAUAGAGAGCUCGGUCGUGGUGAGUUCGGAGUGACGUAUUUGUGCAUCGAUCGCGAUUCGCGGGAGUUACUGGCUUGUAAGUCGAUUUCAAAGCGGAAGCUUCGGACGGCAGUGGAUGUGGAUGAUGUGAGACGAGAGGUGGCCAUUAUGAAGCAUUUGCCGAAGAAUUCGAGCAUUGUGAGCCUGAAGGAGGCGUGCGAGGACGAUAAUGCGGUACAUUUGGUGAUGGAGCUGUGCGAGGGCGGCGAAUUAUUUGAUCGGAUUGUCGCGCGAGGGCAUUACACGGAGCGGGCAGCGGCGGCGGUUACAAGGACGAUUGUGGAGGUCGUGCAGCUCUGUCACAAGCAUGGAGUAAUCCACAGGGACUUGAAGCCGGAGAACUUUUUGUUUGCGAAUAAGAAGGAGAAUUCGCCUUUGAAAGCCAUUGAUUUUGGGUUGUCAAUCUUCUUCAAGCCAGGUUGUCCUCACUGUCCUCCGUGCACACCCUCUAGGUGUAGUCCAAUGGUGGAGCAUAUGGAAUACCACGAGCAAAUCACUAGUAUCUUUUCUUGCUUCCAUACAGAUACUUCACCAUAUCCUGGCCUAUUCUUUUGGGUACCAGUAGUCAGAAUUGCUUCAAGUGCUCUUGACCAAGGUGAGAGGUUUUCUGAAAUUGUUGGAAGCCCAUACUACAUGGCUCCAGAGGUGCUCAAGAGGAACUAUGGACCAGAAAUAGACAUUUGGAGUGCAGGAGUGAUCCUUUAUAUUUUAUUGUGUGGUGUUCCUCCAUUUUGGGCUGAGUCUGAACAAGGGGUUGCACAGGCCAUUCUGCGUGGGAUAAUAGAUUUUAAGCGGGAACCAUGGCCAAGUAUUUCAGAAAGUGCUAAGAUUCUUGUCCGUCACAUGUUGGAGCCAGAUCCGAAGCUGCGACUAACAGCGAAACAAGUGAUUGAACAUCCUUGGCUCCAAAAUGCUAAAAAGGCUCCAAAUGUUCCACUUGGAGAUAUUGUGAAGUCAAGACUUAAGCAGUUCUCAUUGAUGAAUAGGUUCAAGAGAAAGGCCCUGAGGGUUAUUGCUGAGUUCUUGUCCACUGACGAAGUUGAAGGCAUCAAGGAUACAUUCAAAAAGAUAGACACUGACAGUGACGGUAUUGUUUCAAUCGAAGAACUAAAAGCUGGACUUCAAAAGUUCUGUUCACAGCUUGCAGAGUCUGAAGUGCAGAUGCUUAUUGAAGCUGUAGAUACUAUUGGGAAAGGAACCUUGGACUAUGAAGAAUUUGUUGCCAUUUCCCUCCAUCUCCAAAGGAUGGCCAACGAUGAGCAUCUUCACAAAGCUUUCUCAUACUUUGAUAAAGAUGGUAAUGGUUACAUUGAGCCAGAUGAGCUGCGGGAUGCCUUGAUGGAAGAUGGAGCAGAUGAUUGUACAGACGUAGCAAAUGAUAUUUUCCAAGAGGUUGACACUGACAAGGAUGGUCGAAUCAGUUAUGAUGAAUUUGCAGCCAUGAUGAAAACUGGGACAGAUUGGAGAAAAGCUUCUCGACAUUACUCAAGAGGGAGAUUUAACAGUCUGAGCAUUAAGUUGAUGAAGGAUGGUUCACUUAACCUGGGCAAUGAGUGAAUAAUGCAUGGUCAGAGUCAUUUAUCCAUAAAAGUGCCAGAGUCAUUCUUCGUAUAUUGAACUUGUUUCUUUAGUGAUUAUUUGUGGCGUUCCUGGUUCCCUUUUGAUUGAGGGCUUACAAGGACAUGCAGUGGUGAGCGUGUGUUUUGCCUCUGCAGAAUGUUAAUUGAGUAUAAAAUGCAGCCUUGUGGCCACAGAUCCGGCAUGUAUGAUUCUGUCCUUUAUACUUUCUUUUGACCUUCUGAUAUUGUUUCAAUUUCGAGAAACAUGAAGGCCUUGCAGCGGAUAUAUCCAAAAUUACGAUGUUGGCACAGGC